AUGAUGUCAUCAUUCACAUUGAAUUUGAUCCUCAGUGUAUUCCACGGAGUGGGUGGCUUUCUGUCAUGGAAUGGAUUGGCUAAUUUUGGAGUUUUUGAGAAUAGCAGCUACAAUAUCUGGGAAAUACCGAUUUUUCUUUUCAUCGGCGUUCUGGGAGGUAUCUUUGGCGCCCUGUUCAACUGGCUCAAUGUGAGACUUUCGAAAUUCCGAAGAAAGCAUGUACGAAGCAAAUGUCAGAAACUCGUCGAAUGUUUACUUGUUGCUGCUGUUUCCGCUUUCACCGGUUUCAUUACACUUUUCCUCGUAAACGAUUGCCAACCAGUUGGCAGGAAUCCAAAACUGACGGACGUAACAAAGCUUUGGUGCCGCAAGGGUGAAUACAGCGCCGUAGCGAAUCUUUUCUUCCAAAGUCCGGAAGAGAGUGUCAAAAGCCUCUUUCAUAGCCCAAUAAAUUCCUAUGCCAGCUCCACUCUGUUAAUAUUUGCUGUUGAGUACUACGUGCUAUCGCUGUGGACCUAUGGAUUAUCAGUUCCGAGUGGUAUUUUCAUUCCAACGUUACUCACCGGUGCUGCAUGGGGUCGAUUGGUGGGUACAAUCGUUGAAUAUAUGUUUCCAGAUGUGGUGAGCAUUUUUUUCCCUCACAUUUCCACUCAGAGUAUAAGAUUUUCGAAGUAUUUGAUUCAAAUAGAAUUUACCAGGGAAUUCACGGGAUCCAUGGGGUAA